AUGGAUGUCACCGUCUUUGGGCCGUUCAAAAAGUCACUUUCUGCCUUUCACCACUCUUGGUUAAAACGUCAUUCUGGCCAACGAAUCAGCAUCAAGGAAGUUGCAGAAUUGACUCGUCCUGCUUUCCAGCAAAAAAUGUCUCCAUCAAACAUUAUAGCCGGUUUCAAAUCUACUGGAAUUUAUCCAUUCAACCGAUAUGCAAUUGAUCAAUCAAGAUUUGCACCUUCAUUGGUAACAGACUUGGCAGUUCCUUCUGCUGAACUACCCGACUCUGUUGCUACAGACAAUUCAUCAGUGACAAGUGAUAACUCAAGCCUAGACCAUAUAACUCCAGAACAAAUUCAACCAUUUCCAAUGGUAAAACAAACUGGGAUGAGGAAAAAGAAAGCGUGUAAUGUAGGUUCAACUAGAAUUCUAACAUCAACUCCAGAGAAACAAAUUAUAGAAGAUCACCAUAAUUGCAUUCAAGCUAAGAAAAAGGGACUUGCAAUACCUACGACAAAUAAACCAAGGAAAGUGAAAAGUAAGGGCAACCAAGAUAUAUGCAUAGAUGAUGAAAACAAAGAAAAUUAUUGUGUUAAAGUUACACGAAAGAAAAAUUGUGAGAAGGGAGAUAAAUGUGAUGAUGACUUGUCGAUUAAAAAUUCUUCUGCCCUUUCUGUAGUAAACAGAACCAGAUACGAACGUGCAGCCAAAAGGAACUUGUUUUCAUAACCGUCUUAUUGUAUUUAUUCAGCUACAGUUGUUUUUUCAUCUAAGUAUGAUCUCGAGAGAACUAAUCAAGAUUAGUCAACCAAGUAAUACACUAUGUUCAC